AUUAACACUGACUGAUUACACACCAUUGUCACGUGAAACGGCCUUUUGUCGUGACGGGAUUAUGGCCGGAUUGGAUUACCGGUAUAUCCAAGGUUUCAUUAGCUAACACACUUGUCCAGAAAACCUGACCUUGUUUACAACAGUUCAAUGCAAGAUUUAACCAAUGGCAAAGACAUUUAAGUGAUAUUAUACCGGAUUACAAAAUCACGGGACCAGAAUUGCAAGAUGUAACUCUUAAUUGUGAGGAAAAAAAAGAAUGGCAAGAUAUAAACUCAAAAUUCUGAGGAAAAGAGGAUCAUGAAAUAUCAGAAUUCUGAAUUAUGUUUAUAUCUGGCAAUUCUGCCUUUUUGUUCAUCAUUUUAGGAUUCUGUUUAUAUCUAGUGAUGUAGGCUAACUUUUAUUCCAGGAUUUUUUUUUUAAAUUUGAGCCCGCACAUAAGAGACGAUCAGUCGUAACGAGAUCACGUGAAGGCACGUGCUGGCUUUCCUCGCGGCUUUAGGUGACCGAGAUCGUUUACCUGUCCUCGUUAUGGAUUAGUUUCGCAAACAGCACUAUUCGCUGUUGUCUUGCCCUUUGCCACGGUAGUAAAUGCACAAAAAGCGGGGGGUCAUUUGACAUCGCUUCACGCCAAAAACCCAGAAGUAUGGCACAGAGCCACUGUCAACAGGGAAGUGUUAGAUUUUAUUACUGCAUCCUAAUCUCCUUAGCCUCUUAAUUCCUCCCGACCGUGGUCUUGAGAUGCUGGAUGGAUGCACGAUGGCUUAAUCCCGCUUUAGAAGAGGUUACGCUUUGCCCUCCUGCGUUACUCGCAGCUUCUCGCCCAUGGAGGAGCUACUGAUCCCCGCGGACGCCGAGGAGGCGCCGCCGCCCGAGCCCGCCGUCUGCUUCUCUCCGGCGGGACCCGCGAAAACCCCGCUGGAGAGGAUGAAGGACUGCAUGUCGAGCACGUUCUCGGUCGGUGUCAGAGAUUACGUGAAGGACUACAUCAGGCAAAACGGGCUGCUGACGCUGUCGGUUCUCGCCGUGAUCACGGGAUGCGUCCUGGGCUUCAUGCUGAGGGGUCUGGGUCUCUCCACACAGGCAAAAAUCUAUUUCUCCUUCCCCGGUGAGCUGCUCAUGAGGAUACUUAAAAUGUUGAUUCUUCCCCUGAUCACCUCCAGUUUAAUGUCUGGACUGUCGUCUAUGGAGUCGAAGGCCUGCUGCAAGAUGGGGGUGCUGACAGUCACUUACUACCUUUGGACCACUUUCAUCGCAGUAGUGGUUGGCAUUGUAUUAGUUCUCAUUAUCAAACCUGGCUUUGGGACACACGUGGAGCACGGCAGACUGGGAGGUGGACAAGUCAUAACGUCCGCAGAUGCCCUGCUGGAUCUGGUCAGGAAUAUGAUCCCCUCCAAUCUCAUUGAAGCCACAUUUCAGCAGUAUAAGACAGAAAUUAUUCCAAUCAUAAAAACACCAGUGAACACAGGACGCCCAAAUUUUGUCUACUUGAUGCCCGAUGAAGACAAUCCAAAGGGUCGGACGGUGCAACUGGAGCUAACACCACCUCCAGACAUCGAGUACAAGACCCAUCCAGGCAGCAGUCAACAGAUGAACGUCCUCGGCAUUGUUAUUUUCUCAGCCACGAUGGGUCUCUUACUUGGAAAAAUGGGUGAACGGGGAGCUCCUCUGGUGAACGUUUGCCAGUGCAUCAAUGAGUGCGUGAUGAAGAUCAUUAAUGCGGCCGUAUGGUAUUUUCCUUUUGGGAUCAUCUUCCUUGUGGCUGGCAAAAUCCUGGACAUGAGCGAUCCCUCCACACUUGGGAAGAAGCUGGGCUGGUACGGGCUGACGGUUAUGGCAGGCCUGUUCGUGCACGGCCUCAUAUUGCUUCCUUUCUUCUAUUUCAUUCUGACGCAGAAAAAUCCUUUCACGUACAUCAGAGGGCUUCUGCAAGCCAUGGUCAUUGCUCUCGCCACAUCAUCCAGUUCAGCAACGCUGCCCAUCACAAUGAAAUGUUUGCUGGAGAACUGCCGAGUGGACAGGCAGAUUGCCCGGUUCGUGCUGCCUGUGGGGGCCACCAUUAACAUGGACGGAACGGCGCUGUAUGAAGCGGUCGCUGCUAUUUUCAUCGCCCAGGUCAAUGACUACGAACUGGAUUUCGGACAGCUGGUAACCAUCAGCAUAACAGCGACCGCUGCCAGCAUAGGUGCCGCUGGGAUCCCUCAGGCAGGCCUUGUAACCAUGGUGAUAGUGCUCACAUCCGUCGGAUUGCCAGCGGAUGACAUCACGCUGAUUGUGGCCAUUGAUUGGAUCUUAGAUCGCUUUCGAACCAUGAUCAACGUGCUAGGAGAUGCUCUGGCAGCUGGAAUCAUUGGUCACUUGUGUCGAAAAGACUUCCCACCUGACAGAGUGGCGAAAGCAAAUGGAACUACGCAGGAGAGCCAGGCGGCUCAAAACGUGGAGAAUGUGCCUUUAACUGAAGUACCGCUGCUAGCCGGCAAAGACUGUAUAUUCGAGGUGGUUGGAGACACAGUUUUUGAACGACCCACAGUCUACUACAAUAUAUGUCAGGUCUGAGCCACCAGACGAUUGCCUUAAAUUCAACGUACCUCCUUUCUACCACUGUGCCAUAAAGAAGAACUGACGAACACUUUCUCUGGUUCUUCCGUCUCUGCUUUUUGAAACAGACUAAUAUUGGCUGUUUUAUACAGCUAAAUACAUUUGGGCAGCACUCCUUUCCUUAUGCAAGGGAAAUACUUCUAUUUACAAGGACAGGCCAAAUUAGUUUCUUUUUUCGCUCUGCUGCUGGAGGUACAGCAGUUAUUGCAUGCUGGCAUGCAUUCAGGAAUUUUGCCACUCAGGUUCAGGCUGACGUUACGGUCUAAACACGGACAUGACUUCCUAAAGGUGGGGAAAAUGGGGAAGGAACCCGAGUGACGUUUUAAAAUACAGUCAAAAGCCAAUUAUCUGGCAUCACGUGCAAUAACACGGGUGACUGAUUUGCUCUUUUUUUUUUUUUACAUCUGCAUUAUUGCGUAUUUGUGAAAUGAACUUGUAACGUUUGUAA